GGCGCUGGCCGCGUGAAAGGCGUCUUUGUGCGAGACCCGAGACCCGGCGUGGGGCAGGGAGAGAGGAGCCGGGCUGGGACCUGGUGGUGGGACCCUGGGCGUCCCCGCACGCCCGCUCCCAGCCGCAUCGGAGCAACCCGGGCAGCGCAGGGAGGGCGCAGGGCGGCGCAGGACAGGUGGCGGAGAGAUCGCGCUGCGGAGAGGACGCAACCCCAGCCGGGAGCUCGCGCCGGGAGUCGGGGGGCUGGGGAGCGGCCCCGGGCCAGGCCAACUCCCGCCCCCGGGCCCGGCGCCCCCACCUGGGGGAGAGGGGCGGGCCCCGCGCUGCCUUCCUCCUGCGCCCGGGCCGCGUGGCUUGCGGCUUAUUUUCCCAGCUGGCAAGCGUCUUGCUGCAGACAAGGGAAUGCCUGUGGUCCUGCGCGUUCCGGAGCUCGGGGGCUCCCUGAUCCCGACGAACCCCCUGCAGGAGCGGAAGGGUUAAGAAUGAUGUCCCCUACCAGAUUUUUAUUUGUAGCGUCCAAAAUCCUCCUUAAUUUGCAGCCUGCAAGCUUGAGGAGCGGCUGUACGAUGAACGGCCAUUCGGCACACUCUCGAUUUCAGAGCUGAUCCCAGACCUUGCCAACGGUCCCAAUUUACCCGCAAGUGUGUCAACUGGCCUAAUGUCAUGAAAACAGGAACCACCUUGCGGUUUAAUUGUGAAAAUUAGCAUUUUCCUCUAGCGGCUGAACACUUAAGCAGCAAUAAAAAAGUGAAUUGUUAGACUUAUAAA